ACCAGUCAAUAUUGCUCUUCCAUAGAGGUUACUGAUACAUUUGAUAGUAGGGGGUUGGAGCUAAAAAAAAAAAUGGCGCAGAAGUACAACUCACGCUGGAGGAGAAAGGUGAAGAGCCAGCAAAUUACUUGCAAAAGAUACAGAAGAAAGGACACACACGGACAGGAAAAUAGAGAAGCAACAAACUGGAGGUCAGAUGAUUGCGGCACCGAGGAAGUGACCAGAUCUGCUAAUUUGGAAGACUCUUCAAACACAAAUGUGUGUAACAUCCAUUACGCCAACUGUCCAUCCCAGUGCAAUGGACACACAAGUGAGAUGCAUCACUCUGCUCUUAAUGUUGAAUCAGAGCCUGAACAGCCUAUUUACAUGGAUACAUUUCCUGAGCCUCUACCUGAAUAUGUUGAGGAAGGGACUUUAGAUGACAAUGCGUUAUUUGAUGAAGACCUUUCAAUUGAUGAUGACCUAUCAUUUGAAGACAGUUUUGAGCUUAACCAAGAGGAGGGAACAGAACUCGAAAGCUCUACAAACACUGUAGAUCCACUGUACAGAAAUGCACCAAUUUCUGUUGCAGAGAGUCUUCUCCUCAUAAUGACUUUUGCAAACAGACACAAAAUAACAGGAAAAGCUCUCAGUGAUUUGCUUACAUUAAUAUCUCUGCACUGCCCCUCUGAUACACAGACUGAGUGUCUUAAAAAUUUACACCAAUUUAAACAGUUUUUUGAUGAUCCCUCCUCUCUGCUUUUGCACAAAUAUUGUAGCUCAUGCUUCAUGAUUGUUGAGAGUACAGACACCCAGUGUAAAACCUGUAAAGCCAAUGUGUUGAUGGAGGGAUCAACCUCCUAUUUCAUUGAGGUUCCCAUUGAAGCACAACUGAAGAGAUUGUUUGCUCAGGAAGGUUUUGAAGAAAAACUGAAGUUUAGGUUUAAUAGACAUAAAAAGUGUCAUGACAGUAUUGAAGAAAUAUAUGACGAAAAAAACCUAUCAGAAAUUUAGUACUUGCAAUGGGCCUCUCAGUGAUUCCAGAAACAUUUCGUUAAUGUGGAACACAGACGGCAUACCCAUUUUUAAGUCUUCAAAGUUUUCUGUUUGGCCUUUUUAUUGUGUCAUAAAUGAGUUCAAUUUUGUUGAGCGCACGAAACGAGAAAACAUGAUAUUUGCAGGUGUUUGGUUUGGGGAUUCAAAGCCGUCAAUGUUGACAUUCCUUGAACCACUGUGUGGCUCUCUGAACAAAAUUGAAAGAGAAGGAGUUUCUCUUCAGUUUGCAGGAGCUCAAGAACCUUUCAUAUGCAAAGCCUUUACCAUUGCAGGAACCUGCGAUUUGCCUGCAAAAGCUUUGGUACUUAAUACUGUUCAAUUCAAUGGACAUUUUGGGUGUCUAAAGUGUGAACAGCCAGGUCAAACAGUGAAGACUGGAGAGAGAGGCCAUGUCCAUGCCUUUCCUUUCCAGAAGACAGAUUCAAAAGGCCCGCCUCGUACUCACAAGGGGUUUGUAGAUUAUGCUAAGAUGGCCUAUGAUUCCAACAGCGUUGUUCGUGGGGUGAAGGGACCUACGUUUCUCAGCAGACUAACAAGCUAUGAUUUGGUCUUGGGCACAGGUAUAGACUACAUGCUGUACUACUGGGAGUAAUGCGUCUAUUGAUGUUUUUGUGGUUUUCCACAGAGUUCUCUCGAUGUGCAUUCAGUAUGGUCAGAUCAAUCAAAGAAGUUGACAGACGUCUCAAAGAAAUAAGGCCACCAUUUAUGAUUCGAUUCCCUCGUUCUGUGUCUUCUCACAGGAUGUUCUUUAAAGCAUCUGAGUAUCGGUACAUUUUGCUGUUUUUCGGGCCAGUUGUAUUCCGGGGCAUCCUUGCAGGGCUGUACUACAACCAUUUCCUGCUCCUUAGUGAAGCAAUCUUUAUUCUUCUGAUGGAGUCAAUAACCCCUGCUCAAAUAGAUCAUGCUGAGAAACUACUCUUGAAUUUCUGUUCUCAAAUGAGUGGACUCUAUGGUGAGCGAUACAUGACAGCCAAUUUACACUUACUUGUCCAUUUAGCUGAUAGUGUGAGAGCUCUUGGACCUCUGUGGACACACUCUUGCUUUCACUUUGAAGACAAAAAUGGGUACUUGCUGCGUCUUAUACAUGGAACCCAGAAUAUACCUGCCCAAAUGGUAAAUGCUGUAAAGACUAUACAAUCUCUCCCUAACAUCACACAAAACGUAAAGCUGAACAUAGCAACUACUGAGUUUUUGGCCAGAAUGGCAAAUAGCAGUUAUCAACCAAGUAAUGUUGUCAAUAUUGUGGCCAUGUUAGGGGCAUCAUUCAAUAGAUGUCUUGAAACUGAUGAUAUUUUUUUUCUGGAACAGUUUCUUGGUCACGCUUUACAUAGUAAUGUCGUCAAGGCAUAUAACAGAGCUCAAAUAGGGAAAAUAAUUUACACUUCCCAGCAGUAUGUCAAAACCAAAAGACGAAACAAUUACACAGUGUUAUUUUCUGAUGGUGCGCAGAUCAAAUAUGGACAGAUUAAAUUAUUGUGUUCCUACAAAGAACCCAAUGAAGGUCAGAAUGAGAUAAAACUUGCAUUUUUGAAUGAAUUUGCAGUUGCAAGCAUAAAUCUUCUACAAGAUACUUUGACAGGUGGAAUGUGUUUCCAUAUUGUUAGCCUCCUGGAAGUUCCUGUGAGAAAGACAGUGGUAGGACUUGAAAGUAUUUUGGGCAAGUUGAUGUUCAUUGAUUUGUCCUCAAUGCCUGGUAUUGUGUUUGCUGCACAUUUCCCUAACAAACUUGAAAGGGACUAAAGAUAUUAUAAAGUCAAAGAUAUGAUCUUAUUUUGAACAGAAGAGCCCAUGAUUUUUCCAACUAGUUGAAAAUCCUUACUGAAAAUGUGAAAUAUGUUGAUGGACAAAUAGUUUAUACUGUGAUGCCAUCUCAACUGUUUGGGCAAAUCUAUUGUCAUUCAAAAAGGUCACUUUGGGGCUAAGAUGAGAUGCAUACAUCUGAAUAUACAACAUUACAUGUAUUAAUGAUAUGAGUUUUUGGCAGUUAAACUUUGAUAAAUCUGAA